AUGAGUGGCACAGUACGUGCGAGUAUACAACGCGGCGCGAAGGUGUCCGUUGUGCUGAAAUGCGAUCAACCUACAGGCAAGCUAACCCUCGGGGUGGUCGAUGCAUUAUUAACGAACUCCGCACAGCACCCCCAAGGGAUCAAGGUACGGUUACGCAGUGGACAAGUGGGACGUGUGAAGACUGUACACGAAAGUGGAGAUGGUGCUGAAGUCACAAGCACGCAUCAGGGUGUUAUAGAUGGUGGCUACACAGGCAGAGGGAGUCCUAACAAUUGGAACAGAACUAAUAACAGGAGCAGGCGUAGUCCGAACUCGCAGAGGCCCAGUCCAGGGGGUAGUAUUGCCGAGAGUAGCAACGCGUAUAGGGAAAGACACAGAAAGUUCGGUACAAGUGCGCGUGUGGUUAAUGAUGGGUACGGUGACGAUGAUAUGAGUGCAUAUAUGCGACCAUCUAGUGCAGAAGGGAAUGUGUUGUCUGCAUGGUUGGCUCCACAACUAGACGAUGGGAACAAUGAUGAAAUGGAUUGGACUACUAACGAGAGUCCUAGUGGACUGGAAUCUGCUGAGAAUACACGUGUGUGGCGAGUACGCCAGAUGCAGAAACAACAGGCCAAGGCGCUCAGAGUGCCGUCUGGGCGUGUGUAG